AUGUCUCUAUCAGACUCCGACAGCAACACCGUCCUGAUCCAAGCAGGAGACGUUCAGGAUUUUAAUUCUGAUAACAUACUCCCACUGCCGGCAAAAGAACUUGCCGAAAUCACCAAAUGGCUUCAGCCAACUCCAUACGACUUGGAAAGAAGCGAAUACUCUAGGCACCGCGCCUCGCACCUACUGGGGACUGGUACUUGGCUUACAUCAAGUCAAAUUUAUCAGCAGUGGCACUCUGGUGAUAAUGGGCUGCUGUGGAUCAAAGGCAUACCAGGCUCUGGCAAGUCCGUCAUGGCUGCUUCUAUAAUUAAGCAACUGCAGGAGAUGAAUGUCCCAGUGAUCUACUUUUUCUUCCGACAGAUCAUUGACGCUAAUCAUACGCCCAUCGUUGCGUUGCGAGAUUGGCUGUGUCAGGUUCUAGACUAUAGCCCUCCACUGCAAGUCAAACUUCAAAAUUAUCUUCAAGAAGAUCGGUCUCUUGACAACCUGUCAUCGAUAGAUCUGUGGAAUGACCUUAAGAUGGCAUUACGUGGAUUCCAGAAGGCAUAUUGUGUGACGGAUGCUUUGGAUGAGAUGGAUCCAGGAAAUGAUGACUUUCUUAGGGCUUUGGUUGAUCUAGGUCAAUGGCGCCCAGAAAACAUCAAGGUUUUGAUGACCUCGCGCCCAAUAGCCCGGUUGGAGAUGCCAUUGAGAUCAUAUUCUAUCCAGCAAAUUCGACUAGAAGAAAAACUAGUAGAUGUUGAUAUCGCAGCAUAUGUUCAGUAUAAGCUUCGCAACUCAUCCAUCGACAAAGAAGAUUGGAAUGCUAUUCAAAAGGCGGUUCCCGGUCGGGCAAAUGGUAUGUUUUUGUAUGCAAAAAUGUCCAUGAAUGCCUUUCUUGAGCCAGGCGCACAUGUGCAAGAUGUUUUGAACGCUUUACCGAUGGAUCUUAACGCCAUGUUCAAUGAACUGCUACGGGAGCAUGCUCGGCGAUCGAAUGUACCUUCCGAGCUCCAACUUCUUAUCCUUCAGUUUGUUACUCAUGCGACACGCCCGCUGCGACUUCUUGAGAUUGCUGAAGUGCUGAACGCAAGUUCUGGUAGCAAUUCAACCCUCAAAGAAACCAAAGACCUGGUCAGAGCUGCUUGCGGACCCCUUCUGGAAAUCUUGCCCGAUGAAACUGUGUCGGUUAUCCAUCACUCCUUUACCGAGUUUCUCAAAGGUUAUACCAGAUCGAGCGUCUUGAAAGAGUCUGAAUAUCCGAUCUUUGAACCUGGUGCAACCAACCUGCGCCUUGCUUUAGCUUGUUUGGGGUAUCUGCGGGCAGGAUGUCUUGACAAAAUGGAGAUUACGAACGUCAUACCGAGGAAAAGCCGUAGCCGAUUAAGUAAUGGCAAGGAGACAAAAGACCGCGAAUUACGAUUGCAAUUUCCAUUCUCAGAGUACGCUUCGAACAACUGGUACAAGCAUGCCUAUCGGGCAGAGAAAUCGGGCGAAAACCUGGAAACUUUGCACGAACAUCUUGAUACCUUUUUUGCGGAGAAGCAUCGAUACAAUGCUUGGCUGAAUAUAGCCUGGCCAAAUCGGGAAAUUGAGGGCGUUACGCCCCUUCACGUCGCUGCUCUAACUGGCCUAGCUCAAUUCACAAAUCAAACUUUAUCCAGCGGUGAAGUCAUGGACCGAGAAUCUGCGAGUCUGCCCAUAUACUGGGCAGCAUCAUACAACCACGCCGAUGUGCUUCAGCUGCUCAUUGAUCAUGGAGCUGACCCCGAUGCUGAAUUGGGCGAAGGGCUAAAGCCAUUGCACAUAGCCGCUAAAUCGAACUUCGUGGAUGUAGUCAAGGUUCUACUCGCUGCUGGGGUCAGUCCCUUGACCCCGAAGACAAGGGAAAACCCCCCGAUAGGCAGCUGGGGAUGUGUACCUCCCGCUCGUGGACCUAGUACCAAAGGUCACACUCCUUUGAUGUAUGCGUGCUAUGCCGGUCAUCUAGAGACAGUGGUCGAGUUGAUUCCGAGAUUAAAGACUUUGGAUGAUUUGCACCGAGCGCUACAUUGGGCCGCUGAGAAAGGCCGAUCUAACAUUGCGGAUCUGAUUUUGCAACAGCCCGGAGUUGAUGUCAACGCCAAGUUGCAAGGUGAUACCGCGCUGUUCGUGGCUUGCAUGAGUACGGAUCUCAAGACAAUCGAAGUCCUGAUAAAGGCUGGCGCGGACCCCAACGUGUUCUGUGCAAGUACCAAAGAAAUUGAAGGAGCUAUAUCCAAAUAUCGUUCUUCAAGACCCGACUUACGAAUUGAAACUUCUGAUUCAGAAGCCGGAAGGGGGUUCACGGCGCUCCAUGCUCUGUGCAUAAUGUCUGAUAUCAUGCAAAAGGCUUGCAGUCAGCCCGCUGAAUGUGUGAAGGCUCUUAUCAAAGCUGGUGCCAAUGUCCAUGCGAUGACCUCUAGUGGCUCGACAGCUUUGCACUAUGCAGUCAAAUCAUCCAUCGAAUUGGUUAAGCCUCUGCUGGAUGCAGGCGCCGAUGCUAACACCGAGGACAACGCUGGACAGACAGCUAUGCAUUUCUCAUCUUUAUUCAGGGAUGAAGCUGUACCACUGCUCUUAGAGAGUGGGAAAGUGGAUAUUAAUAAAUCCAGAGGAAUCGAUGGAAUGACUCCAUUGCUUUGUCGCAUAAAAGACAGUAUGGGCCACAACCAGAGGAUUAUGGAUUUUUUAGCCUACAAGCCUGAUGUAAAUGCGACCAAUUUCGAAGGAGACGGACCAUUGCACCUGAUGUUGAAGCGGCGCCCUUUUUUCCACCUCCACCAAGAGGUGAUUCAAGCUUUGCUGGAUGCAGGUGCCGAUUCGAAUCUAAGAAAUAACGCGGGAAACACUCCAUUGCACCAAAUGGGCGAUGACGUUGGUCCCGAAAUAAUUGAAAGCCUGGUGCUAGCCGGAUCGGACCUUGAAGCACGCAACAAUGAGGGCCAGUCAGUUCUUUUUGCUCAAUUGUCAUCAUGGAGAGGUCUUCAUGGCGGCUCAAAAAUACUGGACCACCUCGUUAGACAGGGCGCACGUCUUGAUACGCGUGAUCACAAAGGCCGUACCCUAUGGCACUGUGCCAUCAACAGCCUGGCCACUUUAUCUCGUCUCCAAACCUUAGGCGCUGAUUUUCUUGUGUCAGACUACUCUGGCAACACACCACUUCAUGAAGUUGUCACUGAUAAGUCAUUGAGGAAUAAGCGAGAGGUAUUGGAGCGAUUGAUGGACAUUGGCAUGGACAUCAGCCAACGCAAUAACGACGGUCGAACGGUUCUGCACGCUGUCUGUUCGAGAGAUGACUUCAAGUAUGACCAAGACAACGAAUCAGGUUACACAGUCCUUGGCUACGUCCUUGGACAGGCCGAAUGUCUGACAGUUAGUGAUAAUAAAGGUAUCCAGCCACUACACAUCGCUGCUACGAUCUCUGAAGUAUAUUUUCAUAGACUUCUCAACGCUGGAGCCGACAUUCGCGCAGCUACACAUGAUAAUAUGACAGUCCUUCAUCUUGCUGCGCGUGCACGACAGUCCGGCAUCAUUGAUAUGAUAUUAUCCCAGGCCAUGUCACUUUCUGAGAAAAUCCGCCUGGAAUUAGUCAACAGUCGAGAUAAAGACAAACGAACUGCCCUUCAUUACGCAUGCCGCUCCGGUCGACCGGAGACUGUCAAAUCCUUGCUUGAGGCUGGAGCAGUCUGCUCUGUUCUUGACACCCAUGGGAAUUCUCCAUUUGCAUUAUGUGGGGAGUUCGAGAAAGAAGCUUCGCUGUGGGAUUAUCGAAUACCAUCAGUGCAACCGCCGCGUGCGCCACCAAUUAAAGGUCUUAAUGCAGCAGGCUUGAUGCUGAAGGAUGACACGCGACCAUUCCCUGAUCGAGCUCACAAUGAUGGCGAGCCCAUCUUCGGAAGAAUCAACUCGGAACAUGAUACAACAAGAUUGAAUGAGAUCAUGAAUCUGCUUGUCAAACAUGGAAUCGACCUAAAGAGCGAUUACAAGUCUCUAGAGUAUGCCUGGAGAAAUGCCGCGAAGCCUGAAUUUGGGUAUACGAUUUCUUGUCUCCCACCUCCUCUCAUCCAACCUACCUCACCCCCUGGAUAUCUUCCAAGACACCUCAGGUCUGAGAUAUAUGACCGGGAGCUUAGAAUAUCAGUUGCGACUAAUUGCCGGAGCGCAAUGCGAGAAUUCAUAGAGGAGGGCUGGACACCAGAAGACGAAGACGAAGAGAAAGACGCGUGGGAUCAGACAGAUGCCCAAUAUGCCCGACAACGCGCAGUGGAGAAUGCUCUGGCUUUGAGAUACUAUGACUUAUUCGAAAAGCUAUCAGGGGACAACAGCCUCCAGAAUCCAGGUUCUGACGGAUCCGAAGCGUGGAAUAUGCUUGCGAGAUGGGGAUUUACUGAAAUUCUUGAUCGUAUGUGUACUCAGAAGAUAGCGGCCCAGCUUGACGGCAUUGACUGGGCCCUCGAUCCAGACGAAGGCAACCUACACCAAUGCAGUACACCAUUGCUCGUAUCUGCUUGUGAAAGACAGCUUCCCAAUAUGGACGUCGUGAAACUUCUUGUUGAAGGCUUUGGAGUUAACACAAAUGCGAAAUGCACGGAACGUAUUUUUCGUGACGGGGGUUUCCUUCCAUCAAUUACCAAGGGGGUCUUGCAUGACCUUGCCCUCGGAAAGCUCUGGUGGCAUGUGGACAAAGCGUUACCGUACUUGAUUCGAAUGGGCGCAAACAUUAAUAUUCGGAACAGGGAAGGAGAGACACCCCUUAUCAUUGCCCUGAAUACCCAUCACCCAUUUUCCAAGGAAGCUUUUAAAGUUCUCAUAGAAGCAGGUGCAGAUGUCAAUGCGGCUGACAACACUGGCAAAACGUGUCUUUCAAAGGCUGGCGACGACCUGAAUCUCAUCAAACUUUUGAUUGCACAUGGUGCUGAAGCCAGCCCUUCCGCCAUACUCUCUGCUCUAAACCAUAAGCAGGUCGAAAUUUUGGAGGCACUUCUUUCCCAUAGCGGAAAAUCAAUAUUGAGGCAGGAUCUUCCGACGGAGUUCUCCUACGGUAGUUCUCCGGAUCGUUUCAAAACCGUCGGUGCCGGGACCUUACCACUGCUAUACGCAGCCGCGGGCCGCCCUCGCAGUCAAUCAGCGGAACCGAAUUCGAACACUGCAAUUCAAAUGCAAUUAGUAGAUGUGCUUUUGAAGUACGGAGCAGAUCCAUAUGCCACUUUUUCCAAGCAGAAAAUUCAGUACAUUCCGCAUGGGGGUUUGCGCGCUGAAGAGCGCAGGGAGUUCCCAGUCACAACCGCGACUGUAAUCCACGAGCUCUUGAGUGAUGGCCAUAUAUUUGAUCCAAUCUUCAAGAUUGCAUUUUUGGAUACCGAGCGCCGUGAUGAGAACGGGUGCACGCUGAUCUUAGCUGCGUCCAAAAAUUGCAGUGAAAUGUUUUACGACAACAAAUCACACGAAAAGUACAACUCCAUGAACUGCUUUGAAGAACUGAUCAAUCGUGGGGCAAAUGUCUUGGCCCAGGACAACAAGGGGAGAACGAUCCUUCAUCACAUCGGGCGUUUGAUCUCUGAAAAUUCCGUCAAAAAGGCACUCAAGACCGCCAUGGCGGCCAACCCGAGUCUCGUGGACCAGACCGACGAAGCCGGCGAGACUGCUCUCCACCAUGCCCUGCGUGAGAAACGAGAUAACCUAAUUCAAUUUCUCCUGGACAAUGGAGCAAAUCCCCUUCAACCAGACAAGAAUGGAGACACGGCUCUCCAUCACUUUUCUACAUCCCCCAUAUUAAAUAAAGACCUAUUCGAACGAUUCAUGAUAUCAGGGGUCGACAUCAACGCGCAAAACAAAAGUGGAGAAACGCCACUCUUCAGUCUCGUCAAGGAGAAUGAUGGAGGACUGGGCCAGGGAACAGCUCAGACGGACGAAGAUUCCAGCUUCGAAUUCUUCCUGGAAUCAGGCGCAGAUGUUUUCUCCCGAAGUAACGACGGCUCUACUUUACUCCAUGUCAUUGCAGGAAUUGAACUCGAGGCAAGACGUAUGUUUUGGCGCCCGAGAGUUAAACGCGCGUGUGUGGGGCGGUUCAAGCGGCUGAUGGAAAUGGGGUUGGAUCCAAUGUUUGAGGACAAGAGACAGAGAACUAGUGUUGAUGUUGCUGCUGCAUGUGAGAACGAGCUUAUUCUAAAGUUAUUUAAGAAGGAGCCCAUGGAGUAG